AUGACGGGACACGGCGGCAAGGGUCUUGGUAAAGGAGGCGUCAAACGUCCGCUCAAACUUUAUCGUAACUGCCUGAAGGGCAUUACGAAGCCGGAUAUUCGCCGCCUAGCAAGACGCGGUGGAGUCAAUCGCAUCUCCGGGCUGAUUUACGAAGAAGCUCGUGCCAUUCUUCGAGUCUUUCUAGAGAACGUCAUUCGAGAUGCUGCGAUUUACAGCGAACAUGGCAAGAGGAAGAUCGUCACUGCUUUGGACGUAGUCUACGCUCUGAAGAGACAAGGCCGUACAAUUUAUGGCUUUGACGAAUAGACGAGUUUCCUCGUACUGACCAGUUCUUUUUAUGACUAACCCCUACAACAAUCGGCCCUUUUCAGGGCCACC